UUCAGGAAGGAACGGAGAGAAGUGUCAGAUGUAAGAGAAAAAGUGAAGGAAGAAAAGAGAUAAAAGCAUGCGUAGACAGUUGUAUUAUUUGGAAUUCUCAAACUCGUCAGAUGAGAAGUGCAGCCGAAGGGAAGUCAGGAGUGUUUACGUCGAGUUAAUGAAUGGUCCUUCUCCGACAAGCCUCUUUCUACAAGGAUCCUGAGAGCGACUUUUGUGGGAGAUAACUAAAUCUAUACGCCCAGUACAACUUCACAGGACGCAAACCUUUAGUAUUUUUAUUCAUCUGUUUGACCAAUGGUUUCCCUAAAAGCGUAAAUAUAUUGUUCAAUGCACCAGCUACCAUUUAAAUAGUGGGAUAUAAAUAUUAUGCAUACUAAUUGACACUGACAAACAAAACAUUAACUUUUAUUCGAUUUUUUGUGACUCUUCAUGGAUGGAUUAAUUUGAAUUAUUGUAUCUAUUAUAUGGUAUUUAGUAUACCACAUUAUUCAGUACGCACUCUCUGCGUUUUUAUAGAUUUUUUUAUUGCCUUGAAGCUUAUUUUUUGUGUUAAGAGAAAUUAACCCAACGACGGAAGAAGCAGAUAACUCGCAGGCUUUAUGGUUUGGGGAAUGGCAACAGCCACCUCCAGUCCAUAUCUGGCCAGCAACAGGAUCCUAUCCACCGGCUCCGUGCACUCAGACCGGGGGGUCGGUGGCAUGCAGCCGGGCAGCACCGCUGUCACCUCGGUGUCCGGGGGAUACAGAGCGGACUCCUCGGUAAAAAUGGUGCAGAGUGACUUUAUGCAAGGCGCUAUGGCGACGAGCAACGGUGGACACAUGUUAAGCCAUGCCCACCAGUGGGUGACAUCCCUGCCUCACGCUGCCGCCGCGGCAGCCGCAGUCGCUGCAGCCGAGGCCGGGUCCACCUGGUCCCCCAGCCCGGUCGGAAUGACGGGAAGCCCGCAGCCGCAUGACGUGAAGAGAAACUCCGGCAGGGAGGACCUGCACUCAGGCUCCGCGCUACACCACAGGUCUCAGCACCUGGGCUCUCACCAGGCACACGCGGGAACCUGGGGCGGCACGUCAGCCGUGCACAUAGCCAGCAUGUCCGAGGAGCAGCAGCAGCAACAGUCGCUGAUCUACUCCCAGACGGGAGGAUUCACGGUUAACGGGAUGCUCAGCUCACCCGGGAGCCAGAGUCUAAUGCACCCGGGGAUGGUGAGGAGGGACUCUCCUGAUCUCGACCACGGCAGCCAUCAUCAUCACCACCACCACCACCACCACCAGAAUCCGCAUCACCAGCAGCACCACGGCGGGGUGAGCCACGAACCGCAGUCGGACGAGGACACCCCGACCUCGGAUGACCUGGAGCACUUCGCCAAGCAGUUCAAACAGCGCCGUAUCAAAUUGGGCUUUACGCAAGCGGACGUGGGCUUGGCGCUGGGCACCCUGUACGGUAACGUGUUCUCCCAGACCACAAUAUGCAGGUUCGAGGCGCUGCAGCUGAGUUUCAAGAACAUGUGUAAGCUGAAGCCACUGCUCAACAAAUGGCUGGAAGAAGCUGACUCGACCACUGGUAGUCCGACCAGCAUCGAUAAGAUCGCGGCGCAAGGCAGGAAGAGGAAAAAGCGCACGUCCAUCGAGGUGAGCGUCAAAGGAGCGCUGGAGAGCCACUUCCUCAAGAGCCCCAAACCUGCGGCACAGGAGAUCACCUCGCUGGCGGACAGUCUGCAGCUGGAGAAGGAGGUGGUCCGGGUCUGGUUCUGCAACCGCAGGCAGAAGGAGAAGAGGAUGACGCCGCCCGGGCUUCCUCACAGCCCUGAGGACGAUUACUCUCAAGUCGGCAACAUGAGCGCGGACACGCCGUCCCCCUCCAUGGACUGCAAACGAAUGUUCAAUGAUACGUGAAAGGUCUUCGGAUUGCAAUAAGACAAUGAGAGGUACGCAGAUUAGGAGCGAGCAAGAUCAAUAAUCUUUCUUACUGUGACGCCAAGGAGGACUCGUUUUCACAUGUCAAACAAUGAAGAAACAUUUUCCCCAUUCGCAUUACUCCAACCUCCAAUCGCAUAUUCUAUUUAAUGAAAGGAGUAUUUUAAAUCAUGUUAGAUGAUUUACACGUAAUCUAACGGCUCGUGCAAUGAGGGUCAACUCGUCAAGAUCAUAUUUGUUCAUAUAAUUUGUUUGGUCGCUUUAGGAAAUCCAUCAGUUUUCAGCCUGAAAUAUUCCAAUAGCGUGUGUGUGUGUGUGUUCGUGCGCGCGUGAAUCUGGGUUUGUGUACGAGUGCAUAUUUCUUAAACUUUAGUAUAAGAAUUUUUCCCACUUAUUUUAUUUGAAACAUGGUUUUAAGAAAACCAUAGUUUCAAGACUUUAACCUCUUUUAAAAGAUCAUGAUAAGAUGAACCUCUACAUAAUUCCACUUCUUAUUUUGUAAAUGUUCAAGUUGUGUAAUAUUUUAUAUUAUGGAACAAACAAAAUCAUAGAAAAAAAUGAUUCAUUUUUCAGCACUUAAACAAUGGUUAGGCUUUUUUUUUUUUUUACAAACGAGUUAAGAUAAUAUUUUAUGAAUCAGAAUCUCUUUCAUUUUGUUAACUCUGUUAUCAGGCUACCAGGCUGCCAUUUAGCAUACCUAAUCUAAUAAAUGUAUUAUAAUAAGCAAUACUUUGUUUUCCCUCAGAACGACGUGUUUGUGUAGUUGAUGACUUUACCGUUUUGUUCAAAUUGAUCAUCAUUAGAUUGUUAUUAAAGGAUAAUAACAAUGUCAAUAUGAGCACAAAUUCACACACGCUGAUGUCAGUGUUUGUUGUAACCUUUAUAUAGCCUACCUACCUAUUUGUGAUGAUUUUAAAAGUAAUUUAUUUUUAGUGGCUAUUUCAUGAAAGAUUAUUGAGAACAAUAAAUUUGUCAUAAAGGAUACCAUUGUGUUUUUUAUGUCAGCU